AUGGCUUCCAGCCUCAAGAAGCCCACCGUGACCUCCAUCAGCCAGAAAAGAAAGGUGGGGCCUAAGCCCGAACUCACUGAAGAGCAAAAGCAAGAAGUUCGCGAAGCGUUCGACCUCUUCGAUGCCGACGGCAGCGGCACCAUCGACGUGAAGGAGCUCAAGGUGGCCAUGAGGGCGCUGGGCUUUGAACCCAGGAAGGAGGAGAUGAAGAGGAUGAUCGCCGACGUGGACAAAGAAGGCACGGGGAAGAUCAGCUUCAACGACUUCUUGGCUGUGAUGACUCAGAAGAUGGCUGAGAAAGACACCAAGGAAGAAAUCCUGAAGGCGUUCAGGCUCUUUGAUGAUGACGAGACCGGGAAGAUCUCUUUCAAAAACCUAAAGCGUGUGGCCAAAGAAUUGGGAGAAAACCUCACGGAUGAAGAGCUCCAGGAAAUGAUUGAUGAAGCCGACCGAGAUGGAGACGGCGAAGUGAACGAGGAUGAAUUUCUUCGCAUCAUGAAAAAGACCAGCCUCUAUUGA